AGCAGCAGCAGCAGCAGCAGCAGCAGUCUUGUGUGUGGAUCCUUGGCAAGAGGACAGCAGCAGUAGCAGGAGAUGCAUCCCAGACCAAACUGUCUGAACAACAUGGUGGUUUUAAGAAUCGUCCCCUGCCUGUGUCUGCUGGUGGGCUUCUCGCUCCAGGUGGACGAGAAAAGUGGCAAAGAAGCAGGAAAAGCCGGGAAUUUCAUGGAAGAUGAGCAAUGGCUGUCAACCAUCUCCCAGUACGGGCGAAAGAUCAAACACUGGAAUCGCUUCAGAGACGAAGUCGAGGAUGACUACAUCAAAAACAUGGAGGAGAACAUUGGCUCUGAUGAAACCGUGGACACCACCAAGGACCCGUGCCAGAAUGUGAAGUGCAGCCGCCAUAAGGUGUGCGUCGCUCAGGGCUACCAGAGGGCCAUGUGUGUCAAUCGCAAGAAACUGGAGCACAGAGUCAAACAGUCAGAGCAGCUGGAAACUCAUGAAAGCAGCUGCAAGCCUUGUCCUGUUGCUGCCUCCUCACCUGUAUGUGGCUCUGAUGGACACAACUACGCCUCUGAGUGUAAGCUGGAGCAGCAGGCUUGCCUCAUCGGCAAAGAGCUGAGCAUCAUGUGUGCUGGCUUCUGCCCCUGUGCCACAGCUUCUGUUGCCCUCACAAAUACUGACGCAAAACGUGAGAGCUGCACCGGCCAGGACCUGGCAGACCUUGGCGACCGCCUGAGAGACUGGUUCCAACUCCUUCAUGGAAACGCAAAGCAAAAUAACUCUGGCAAGCUCGGAGCUGGCACCGCAUCAGCGCUGGACAAGAGCCUUGUAGCCAGCUGCAAGGACUCCAUUGGCUGGAUGUUCUCGAGGCUGGACACCAACAGUGACUUGUAUCUGGACCAAGCUGAGCUAGCUGCUAUUAACCUGGACAAAUACGAGGUCUGCAUCCGACCCUUCUUCAACUCCUGCGACAGCUACAAAGAUGGGAAGGUCUCUACGGCGGAGUGGUGCCUCUGCUUCUGGAGAGAAAAGCCGCCGUGCCUCGCCGAGCUGGAGAGGAUCCAAGUGCAGGAGGCGACUAAGAAGAAGCCUGGGAUGUACAUUCCCAGCUGCGAUGAGGACGGUUACUACAGGAAAGUGCAGUGUGACCAAAGCCGAGGGGAGUGCUGGUGCGUCGACCAGCAUGGUGGAGAGAUGAUGGGCACUAGAAUCCAUGGCAACCCCGACUGCGAUGAAGUGGCGGGAUAUUCUGGAGAUUUUGGGAGUGGAGUGGGAUGGGAGGAUGAAGAGGAGAAGGAGGCAGAUGACACCGGAGAGGAGGCGGAAGAGGAGGAAGAGGAGGAGGGCGAGGCUGACGACGGAGGAUAUAUCUGGUAGAACUGUCUGACCCCACGCGGAGAGACGAGUCACAGCCGCUGGCCUGAAAAUCUACAGGGAUGGCUCUGUCCUCUCAGCAAAAGAUUUUGGGAUCGGACCGGGGAGGCAUGGAGUUGUGUGUCAUCCUGGUGGGAUAUGUGGUGCUGGGCAGGUCCAGGGUGAGACGAUGACCCGUUUUUGUCUUAGAUAUGUGUAAUUGCUUCAUUCUCUUGUCUCAGUUUUUUUGAGCAACAGAGCUUUUUGUUUUGCCGUCCUGAAAAGCAGGACUCACUGACUACUGCGCCAUAGGUAGCUAAAGUCCAUCAGAAUUCCUGUCUUGUCCGACCGCCAUCUAUGCAUAUAGAGAUUACCAGUAAUUUUGUAUCGUGUGAACAAUUGCUUGAGUAUUAGAGCAGCCGUCCCACUGGAAUGACUAGAGAGCGGAAUUUUAAGGAAUAGUUUGACAUUUUAGGAAACAUGCUUGUUUGCUUUCUUGCUGAGAGAUUUGUGAGAAGCUCAAUGUAUGUCUCUUGUGUUGAAUAUGGAGCUAGAGCAAGGAGACGGUUAGCUUAGCUUAGCAUAAAGACUGGAAACAGUUGGCUCUCUCUAAAGGUUAAACAAAAACAGAACAAACCAAAACCACUAAAGCCCACUGAUUAAAAUCUUACAUCUGGUUGAAUCGGUACAAAAACCACAUAAUAACAAUGACGUGUUGCGUUAUUAUGAAGCGGAAGAGAAAUCAUCCGGCACAUAACACCCUUAAAUAUGCAUUUUACAGUUUUUGUACGGAUUAAACAAAGACGAUGCUGAGCUGAGAUGUUGAGCUUUACAGAUGCUGACAGGCAUAUGUUGUUGGCUGUUUUCCCCUGGUUUCAGUCUUUCAGGAAUUAUAUAAAACCCUGUGUUCAAAACGUGUUUCUGGCCCAAAAAGAAAAACAAUUAUUGCAGCUUUGAACUAAGUUACAGUAGUGGAUCCUGGUUGUAGCUUUAUAUUUACCGUACAGACAGAGAGUGAUAUUGAUCUUCUCAUCUAUCUUGAAAUAGAUAGAAAAUAAGCUUAUUCCGCAAAAGGUCAAACUAUUCCGUUAAAGCAGCUCAAUGAAAUGUGGUAAUGUAUGUCCAAACUGAUUCUGUAUAUAAAUUCAGUGUAAAUUAUCUGUGAAGCAAGAAUAGAGGAUUUCAGGUUACUAUAGUUUCAAGCUACCUUUAUGAUAAGGGUGCUCCACAGCUCAUAGCAGUUUUUAAAACAUGCGUGGAUACACACAACUACACAGGACCUACAUUUCCAGUUGGACCUUUAUUGAAAACCUGUAGAAUGUACUUUAAUGGCCCAAACUGCACCUACAGUAGAAACCUCUAGUCGCUGUCCUCUGCUAACUCUGAAAUCAUGUCAAAGAAUGUGCCACAACUAUGUUUUAUUAUCAGUUUGCAACUUGAAAAAACUGUAAUUUGUGUUUAUAAAAAAAUAUAUGUGUGCAUUACUUGAAGUUCUGUAUGUAUACUUGAAUUCACAUUGUAAUUCUUUUCUAUGAGAAUAUUGUUGCCAUGUCUUCAUUCAUGCUAUUGGUAGGCCAGACAUUUGGUUGUUUCUAGUAUUGCAUGUUAGUAAAUAAGAAUGUACUUCUAGGCUGAGCACUUUACUAAUAAAGGCACUGGAGCCAAAC